AACAUCGCUGCCAUGUCGUGGGCUGUCAAUCAAAUCCGACAUACAACUUCUACAUCCGAUCUGUUCAGAUUUCACUGAAAAUGUCCUACGUGAAUAAAAGACAACGCGUGUUCAGCGAGGGAUCGGGUACCGUCUUGGUCCCCACCCGGUCUGAGGCUCGCAUGAAGAGGUACCCGUCCUCGACUGACCUCAGAGCAUGGUGUGACAUCGUCGAAGAAAGAAGACAGCACAUUUUGGAGUACGCGGCCAAAAAUAAGCAAGGCAUAUGUCUGGAGAAGCUCAUACCUAUGGACGUGCUCGUCAACACUAUGGUGUACAACAAAAAUGUCGAGCUUCUCGAGCUAGAGCGACAGGUUCAGUAUUUGGAAGAUAGUUUGGCUUUGUUCAAGAAAAUAAAUUUGACAGCAAAACAAAAAGUACAACUUGAUACGUUGCUCAAGGAGAACAAUUUGGAGACGAACGAACCUGCUGAUGAUGAUAAUGGAUCGAAUUGUACAAUCUAAGUAUGUACAGAAUAAAAUACAGUACAG